AGGCGAGAGAGAGGACGCGAGGAUUUUGCAAUUGAGAUAUUCCCACAGACCAACGCAAAACCAGGAACGUGGAUCGCUUUGAAUGUACGAAAAAGAGAACAAGGAAGCAACAUGUGCCGAGAACUAUACAAGUAAUAUGAUCACAGCAAUAUAGAAAGUAAAUAGAGAAAAUAGUAAUUGUACUGGAUAUUUAAAAUACUGCGGUUAUUAUACAGAAACUAUGAAGAGAGAGGUAAAUGCCGGGGUGAAUUUCCUGAGACAUCUAGCCGUGGAGCGGGGUGGCUUAGAUGGAACCAAAGCUGACGCUUUUGCUGAAAAGCUGCGGCAACUUCUGAUCAACAAAUUCAAAGACCACUGGUACCCCGACAACCCCAACAAAGGACAGGCAUUCAGGUGCAUCAGAGUAAGCGGGGGGGUGGUGUAUGAUGAGGAGGUGCUGAGAGCGUGUGAGGAGAGCAAGCUCAAACCCAGCGAGCUGGGCCUCCCAUGCGAGAUUGCGCUGUGGAUCGACCCACUGGAGGUGUGCGCACGGUCAGGGGAGAACUGCAGGUACUUCACAGUAGCACGUUUCAAAGAAGGAGAAGACGAGGAUGAGGAAGAUGUGAAAGGAGACAAAGAUGUUGACCUGGAUACGUCUGACUACCACUCUGCCAGCUCGUCUGACUGUGGCUCUGCUGUCUCCAGCGAUACAGAGGAGGAGGGGAAGGAUGGAGAGACGGACGGAAGAAAAGAUGAGGAGAAGACGAAAGAGAAAGAGGGAAAUAAAGAGAAGGAGAAGGCAGAGGGCGAACCUUAUGUGAUUGCCAUGAUGCCCAGGGUUCGGGAUAGGUUCCGGGGGGAGCAUGCUCAACAGAAGGUCACCAAAACACUGCUCCAGCCCACCUCUCAGCAUUACUUCUACCACCCUGCCCCUGUGUGGCCCACAACAUACAAGAAGAAGGGUCCUGUGUUCCUCACCACAAUGUACGCACCUCCACCUCCUCCAGUGUUCGGCUACUACAUCCUGCCCCAGCCACCCCCGCAGUUCAUCAUGCCUUAUGCCACUCUGCAGCCAUGGGGGGCUGUGAAGAACUAAACCAACUGGUUGGAGAGGGGGAGGUUAAACUGCCAUUAAGCCAAUCACAAUGUGUCUAUGCAGGUUUUUGAAGGUGUGGGUGAGGUGCAAUUAAGAUAGUUUGACAAAAUAUUUGAAGGGUUAGCGAGGAGCAGAACUUGAUUCAUUAUAUCAUUUUUUGAUUGCUGUACACUUUUGGUGACAAUCAGUUUUGGGGAUUUCCUCUGUGACUUUCUUAGGUAGAAUUGCCACUGAAGUAAACAGGGAUUAUACUAAAACAAGCAUUUAGCAAAUAUUGCUACAGGCACUUCCCUAAGGGCUACCAGUGGGUUUAGGGUAAUCCACCGAUUAAAAGUAGUCUAUUUAUAUGAUUCGUAUUGACAAAAGGCAGUGGAACUGGCUUUGAGUUACAGAGUGUAGUUUGAGGGCUGUAUUCCUUCAUUGGGUGCUCAUAACAUCUCAGAAAUCCUCAGCAAUAAGCUGAAAAACAAAGCUUCUUUGAUGAUUUUAGAUAUAUUUGUAAAUAUUAUAGACUACCUUUCAUCUGUCACCUCUAAGUAUCAACAUUGUAAAUAUGUACUGUAAGAUACAGAGCAGUUCAUAGUCCUGGUGGGCCUAAAAUACUUCUGUUUUUUGUUUCUACUGGCAGUUAAUUGGACUCAUCUGGUGUCACAGGUCUGAAUUAGUCCCUGAUAAGGAGAGGAUGAAAAGCAGUAGUGUAUCAGGACCUAGAUUGGACAGCCCGUAGACUGUAGUGAUAUGCAGUUACAUGUAGUAACAUACGUACCGUGUCUCUUGAGUUCUCUGAAGCUGCAUCUAACUGCACAUCAUUACAAUAUAAUGUAUCAAUACGAGACAAUAGUCUUAUUAUUUUUGACAAUUCACUGUGAUUGUAACCUGUAUAUUUUACCUGUCAAGUACAAACCUCUCUCUAUUUUAUAAUAAUUAACAGACCAACCAGAAGCUUUUUGUACAUACUGUAACCUGUUAACAAAUAGUAAUUAUCAACCACAUUUGCUUUUUGAAUUUGUUGCAAUGUAUUUUUCCACCUGUGGGUGGUACCAAAAUCACUGUUGUAAAGUCAAAUUCCAUGCAUUUUUAUGGAUAUUCUUUAUUUUACAUAUCUUAGUAAAGUUUGUAGUGUUGGUGCAUGUAUAAUUUUAAUAAUGAUUUGUUUAUCAUUUCCUGAUUUAUAAAUCUUUAGUCUGCUAAAGGCCAGAUUGAAGAACAUCACAAUUGUGAUGUACUCUUAUAAUCUCCACCCGGCACAGCCUGGUUCCUCUCUAGGUUUCUUCCUAGUUUCGUGCUGCAUUGAUUGCUGUUAGGGGUUUUAGGCUGUGUUUCUGUAUAGCACUUUGUGACAUCUGCUGAUGUAAAAAGGGCUUUAUAAAUAAAUGUGAUUGAUUGCUGGGAUAAAAUGGGUCUGGACUGAACUGUAUUCACUCCUGUAUAAUCAGUCUUCCAUGGAUUUACUGUAAAUAGUUUUAUAUAUUGGAAAUUAAAAAUGCUUGGGUGAUCCAAAUGUUUAGCUUUAAUAUGAAUAGAUGUUUUCAUAACUUAAUACCUAUAUUCUCUAUUUUUAUACUGGCUUUUAUUGGCCCAUUGGUCUGCUCUGGAUGUAUAUUUAUUCAAUUUUAUGAAUUGCCUUUUCACUUGUUCUGAGUACAGAGCAGUACUCUGUAUUCACACGAUUCUUACUGUAUCUGAUAGACAAUUGUCCAUGCUAAUGUUUAUGUUAAGCUGUGUCAGUUUUUAUAUUGAUAUCAUCUCUCUGUCUUGUCUGCACAUAUCAUUAAAUCAAUCGAUUUAUAAAAUGAAA